UUCUUGUUGGUAUAAGGAUAGCUAGCGUAAUGUAUAUUGCUUCUGAUUCUGCUCAUUCCAUUGCGUAGGGUGCUGCCUCCCCCGAUGCAGCGCCCAGCCUUGAUCUAGGUUUAGUGUUAUCGAGGUCCCUGCAAGUGCACUCUUGUGAAUUCAGUGAAGUGCCUUCUCCAGAGGAUGCACAAGCAAUGUCGCUACCGGAAGCGCGCAACUCCUUCCCCGAGGUCGUGGUGGGUGGGGUGAAUGACCUUCUGGGGGGAGAAAAAAGCCCACCCCAGUUUCUUCGAAAAGCUGGAAUGUGAUAAAUUACCGACUUGAGCGGCGGAUCGAGCCGUGACCAGGCAGGAAAAAAAGAGGUGCAAUUUUUGCGAUCUAUUACACAAAGCUGCAUCGAUAGCGGAGUAUAUAUUGUGCACGCGUAAUCGAAUCGACAGCGUCCGACGGUACUUGGGUGAAUAUGUCAAGCAAAGCAGGCGGUUUUGGUCACCAAUUGAAGGUCUCCUAUCGGUCUUUUAAUCGACACGCCGCUUGCCACACGCAGCUGGUGGGCAAAAAGAGUGGUAAUAUUAAAGUAGGUGUCCCCUAUAAUGAGGCUGCUAAGGCUGCUCGCUAUAUGGCUGGCCAGCUGUUAUCCUGUGUCAUAUGGUUGGUAGUGGGUGUCCGGCAUGAUUGGAAGACUUCCGAGAUUUUCCCAGAACAAGCGUCACAACUUGCCAAGCAGGAAAUUGUUGACAGCCACAAGGAAAAGUCCCAAUGGGACUUCGAGCAGUUCACGCAAGCUCAACGCCUCUCAAAUGGCCAGCUCAUUAUGAUCCACCGUUGGCUGCAGCACCCUGUUUCUGAUCGGUCGGAUCCGAUUUGAAGAAGCAACGGCGAGGGGUGAACAUACUGGCGGGACCUUUGUGUUCGCGCCUAUUUCUAGUCACUAAAUCGGGCUAAGCGUUGAUACGCUCCAUGCAAGCCCUUGCCCAUCGAUCAAUAAUGGCGCCCAGUAAAUCUGGCGAAGCUGGGAGGAUCUUGG